AUGGCCAUCUCUGCCGGUGCAGCUGUUGUGGAAGUUCUUGAUAGCAUGGAAGAAGAAGAAGAAGAAGAAGAAGUUGAUGAUGAUAAGUUCAAGGCUUGGAGGAAGAAGAAUGCCACGGCUUUACAUGCAAUCCAAACUUCGUGCGGGCGGGAAGCUUUUUCCCUCAUUAGAAACACCACUUCAGCCAAACGCGCUUGGGAUACUUUGGCAGAAAAUUUCAAGCCAAAACCAGGUAAGUCCCCAGUUCAAAUCUUGAACCUCAACAAAUCUUAUGCGGUAUGCCGCUCCACAAACAAGGAGCAUCCAGCCUAG